AUGCGGCAGUUCGUGGGGCCGCUGUUGCAGCUGCAUGCGCAGUCGGUGCCGCGCCGUCACUUUAAUGUCAUUCAGCGCGGCAACGACAAGGAGGCAGAGGCGCUCUUUGCGCUGCUUGGAUUUGGAAAGGAAGGUGAAGCACACCGCAUUCGCCGGACACGUGACGAGCUUCGUCAAGGCUACCUGCGAGAGGCAAUGAAACUGAAAGACCCAGAACACGACAAGGGGGAGGCGGCAACGCUCUCCAAGCUGCGGCGCGCGUACAUGCUGCUUUCCGACGAUCAAUUUCGUGCACGCUAUUCUGCACACCACUGCGCCUCACCCGACGCGAUGCUUCACGUUCACGUCGACGGUGGGCAGACUGCAGCUAACUUUAACCCUGAGCAUCAACACUUUGACUUCGUUGAUCACACGCUUUCCUCGCCGGCGUCGUCGUUGUCUUCGUCUUCAGUGCAGCGGUCCUUUGGGGAUUUUACUGGCCCGUUUCAGUCCGCCACAGGCGUGUCGAGCGCAUCAGCGGAUGCAAAGGCGUAUAAUCCCUGUGAAUCCCGCACUGCACGAAACGGGCAAUGUAUUAACUUCGUGCUCCGCAUCUCCUUCGAUGAGAGCAUACUUGGUUGCACAAAGACAAUAGUGUAUGAGAAGCAUGUCACGUGUACUUUGUGCGGCGGUGACGGCCGGCAGACUCUGAAGAAGCAGCGCAGGUGUCCGCAAUGCCGCGGCCGUGGCUCAGCGCAUCUGCCAAGCGCCACAUAUCACAUUGAGCGUUCGUGCGGGUACUGUGGUGGAGAAGGUGUUGCUCCGCAACCGAAGUGUGGAGCUUGCGGCGGCGCCGGUGUUCUAACGGGGCGCACCGUAAAGGUCACCAUAGACGUGCGUCCUGGCACCACAACAAUGACGGUGCGGCGCUUUCGUGGAAAAGGUCACGAUGGGGUGCGUGGUGGUAGUGCGGGGGAUCUCCUUGUGACGGUUUUGGUGCAGGACCACCGCCUCUUUCAUCGUGACGGGCUUGAUUUACAUAUAGUGCUGCCUAUUCCACUUUCGAUAGCCCUUCUCGGCGGCAUAGUGUCAGUGCCAACUUUGCGUGGAGCACACCCACUACGCAUCCCUCCCUGUGCACGAAAUGGCGAGCGGCUGACCAUAGAAGGUCAUGGCGCCUGUCUGGACGGAGUCAGCGAUGCCGUUACCGCUGGCGAGGUGGAGGUGGGGGAUGUCUCGGGGGAGCCACAUGAGAAAAACCGCAAUCAGCACCAGCAGCAGCGUCCACAAGGUCAUUUGUACGUCCACCUGCUGGUGGUUAUUCCGAAGCGGGACGAGUUAACGGGGGCACAGAGGUGUGCCCUCCAGAAAUUUACUGCAGAAACGCAAAAAAAAAGCAAUAUCGAUAACAUUUGCGGGGAUGACGAGGAGACACCGGCAUCUCUCAAGCAGCGCUUCCGGCAUUGGCUAGUGAAACCAUCGCUGUGA